GACUUGUAACUUUGGAUCCUAAAACAGCUCAUCCCUGUCUGGUCUUAUCCAAGGAUCUGAGAAGCAUAGGACUCAGAUAUGUCCAGCAGCUUAUAUCAGGAAACCCAGGGAGAUUUGACUUCAGUGCUACUGUGUUGAGUGUGGAGAGUUUUACCUCAGGAAGACACUACUGGGAAGUGGAUGUAGAAAAGGCAGCAGAGUGGCAAUUAGGCAUAUGUGAAGAUUUUGCCAACAGAAAGAGUGCUGUACCCAAAGCUUCCAAAGAUACAAUCUUACUCACAAGAUCUGUGAUGGGUACCCAGUGUACCUACUGGGUCUCUCCCCCUUUGAAAAAGGUCUCCUUGAGAGAGCAAAUGCACAAAGUUGGAGUUUUCCUAGACUAUGAGUGGGGACAGAUAGCCUUCUAUGAUAUGACAGAGAGAUCCCUCAUUUAUAAUUUCUCUAAUCUCACCUUCCAUGGAGCACUCAGGCCUAUGUUUUCUCUUUGUAUACCAAAUAGAGGCACAAUUUCAGACUCUCUCAGCAUCUGCCUCCCUCAGUUUCCUCCUUAUAAUGUUACUGUUGGCCCUCCAUCUUCCUAGGUGUGAAAUUGAAGGUAAGGUACCAGAAAGUCGAAAACAUGACUUUAUAGAAGAACUUAUAUAAAGUAAUCCAGUAUGGAAUUUAGAG